CAUAGCAUUUUAAAUAAUAUUUUUUAAGCAUGGGACAUAUGUCCACAACAUGUUAGACUAACCUUUUUAGCAUGUAGAAGAAGAAAACAGUGAAUCACAUGAUACGCUUGAAUUAGCUAGCCUAGCUUAGCUAGACUGUAUUCCCGUUAUAAGGGAUAUAUUUGUAAUACACAAUAUAAAGGCUGUCUGGUCCCCAGGCAAGGAAUUAGCAUCAUCAGUUUUCUAAAAGAAUGGAUAGAACAAACAUGCCCUCUCUUCUGUUAUUCACAUUUUCAUAACAUUGUCAGACUUAAUUUAAUGUCUCAGGCUACUUCCUGUUAUCACGUGGCAGCAGCAUGUUGGCUGGUUGUGAGCCUGACAGACAGACAGACAGACAGUGGUCAUGCCAUUUUCCAUGUGCCUUCCUGGCUGGGGGAGAGUUUGCGCCCCACAAGCUGCAGAGCUGCAGCUAUUUUGAAAGUGACCCCUCAUUCAGGCAGCGACUCUGCAGCUGUCAGGAACCAUGACUGAAGAUGACGGAUUCUGUUGUUGUGGAGGGAUAUGCCAGGCUCAGAGACGGGAAAAAGUGGAAAACUAGGUGGGUCGUUCUUCGAAAGCCGUCGCCUGUUGCAGAUUGCCUUGUGCUGCUGGUGUUUAAAGACAAAUUAGAAAAAGCCCAGGGUAACAAGGAGAGGGCGAAUGUCACCUUGGAGGAGAUCUGUGGUCUGGAAGCUGGCCAGUGGUAUGAAGGUGUGGCUUUCACUCUGACCAUCAUCUGUCUGAAUCAGGCCGCUCUGCUUGGCUUUGACACUAAGGAGGCCCUGCAGGCGUGGGACGCCCGCCUACGAUACAGCCUCGGAGAAGUUCACAGAUUCAGUGUUGGAGUCUUACCAGGGACCAAGUUGGAGAGCGGAUCUGCAACUCUUCAUUUGUGCAACAACUUACUGGCUCUUGCUCGGGAAGUCCCUCCUGUCAUUAUUGGCCACUGGAACCUUCAAGACCUGCGUAGAUAUGGACCUGUACCAAAUGGAUUCGUGUUUGAGGGAGGAACAAGAUGUGGUUACUGGGCUGGUGUUUUUCUGCUCGCAUCUGCUGAGAGUGAGCAGAUCAGCUUUCUGUUUGACUGCAUUGUCAGAGGCAUCUCCCCCACUAGAGGCCCUUUUGGACUGCAGCCUGUUUUGCCAGACCCCAGUGUCAGCCAGAUGAAUUCAGAGGAGAAACUGAACCUCGAGGCCCAGGAGCUGGAGAAACGAUUGAGUAUGCUCUCUCAUGAGAGCAACACAGUCCUAUCCACAUACUGUCUGUCUGCUGGGGGAGACAACCGCAGCAUAUCUGGUUCUUCAGACGCUUCAGACACCAGCCAGUCAGACUGCAGUUCUGGCAGCCGACUGGCCAUUUGGACUGAACCUGCCCCCAACCCACCUGAAAAUGUCGGUCACAUGGGCUCUAAAGUGGCACUGCAGAUUGCCGAGAAACUUUCCGCCAGCCAUGCAAGCGGAAAUCGGCCUGCUGCAAAGCCUCCGCGGCAGCUUCAGGAAAUUGGCCGUCAGAGUUCGUCCGACAGUGGCAUUGCUACUGGCAGCCAUUCCUCAUACUCCGGUAGCUUCUCCUCCUACACAGGCAGCCUGGAUAUCACCCCUGGAGAGGACUUUGGGUCUGUUUUCAGCUUGCCUCCUCACUUGGCUCAAGACCUGAGCCCUUGCAUUUGCCUCUCUGUUCCUGGACAUGAGUACCAGGUGCCAACAUCACUUCGGUAUCUCUAUGAUACUCCCAGGAGUUUAGUACAGGAAGGAAGCGUGGGAGGCAAAGACAAUGAACCCUCCACCACAACUACUCCUUCAGGAUUUUCAACAGAGGCAGCAAAUAGGGAGCAGAGUGGUGCCACAACCACUGAGUGUCACUCAGAAACUACUGGACAGUCAACAAACGUACAUUUGCAAAGCCCUUCAGUAGAGGGGAAAAAACCUAAAGUUGCACCUUCUAGUGACUCCUAUCAUUUAUGCAGCUCUCUCACAUCUGGUCCCAAAACCAUUGUGACCAUUUGCUCAGUGUGUGGUGGAUUUAAGGGAACACCAUGCAUCCCUUCAAGUUCUUCAGUAACACCUGCCAUACCAACAGAUCAAAGUGUUGACAAACCACUGUGCAGCCCCAGUGAAUCCUGGGUCCCUCCUGGCUCUGGAGGCAUCCACGGCACAGAGACACCGACAGCGAAGACAGGUCAGAAGUCACCGUUACCACAAAAAGGAAGAGAGAAAUUAGCCAGUCUCUUUGCUGAUUUGCUCGGCUUUUCGACUACAGAUAGGCAGCCAGAUGCAAAUACACAUAGAUUGUACCUGUAUGAGUCAACGAGACCUGCUUUUGGCAAUGAGCUCUAUUUAGCACCAGCUAUACCAUUACCAGAUUCACUGCAAGAGAAAAGAGAUGUCAUCUAUGAAAACUGUCUGAAGUGUCAAGGAGAACGCUGCCACCCUCCACCACGGAUCAUGCCUGCUGAAAUGUACUGCAACGAGGACAUUUCCCCUUUGCAAACUUUCCAAACUCCACUGCACAUGAAGAAAAGCCCAGAACAUAAAGAUGCUGCUGAUGAGGAGCUUCUCUUUCACGGUCAGCGUGUGGACGGGCAGUUACAGUAUGAAGAGAGGAGUGGUCGGACAGUGACCAAAGAAGACAAAAGGUUUAGUAGUAAAGAGGAAAGACGCAGAGCUGAUCCUGCCUAUGAGAUCAUGGAAAGUCGGGUGGCAGAGAGGAACUCAGAGGCAGAAGAAAAAAGCAGGUAUGAGCUAAUGGGCAGCUGUAGUCAGCAGAGAUUUCUUCAAGAGAGUGAAGGGGCAGUGUUUGUUUUCCCUCCAGAGGCUCCACAUCCUGAAAGACCUUGGAGUGAAGGUGUGACAUAUGUGAAUAUUCCUGUAAGUCCCACGUCUAAGAAACAGCUCAACUACAUGGAGCUGGAGCUACAGGAGCCAGGACAUGGCACCAGAGGGACUGCUGCACAUCAGCCAGCACAGAGAAAGAGCUCCACCAAGUAUGCCCAGAUCGACAUCACUGCCACAGAAACGGCUCACAAAGUCGGCACACAGCACGCCCUCGGUCGUCAGGAGGGCUUACAUACUCUGGAGUUGAGAAGAAAGGGGACACCGCAUUGACUUAUGCUUUACUUAAAUGUUGAUCUUAUCAGAAUGUUUUUCCCAACACCCGCCUGCACAUCACACUGUAAAGGUUGCAAGAGCUGUGGAUCUGAGGAGCUGACUGUGAGAUGCCUUCUCUGUUCAGUUCCAUCUUGUCAGUGCAGAUUUCCUUAUGAGCUGCCAGUUUACACAUGCUCCGAUCCUGAAAACACGUCCUCUGUUAUCACAAAGCAGCUUGAAGAUGGAGCUUCCAAAAGGUUUAGCACAGGGUCAGGACCAACAUUUAAAUUUCGGCCUGCUUUGAGAACUUGGGCAUCUCGUUAACUCGCUUUGUAUCCGUCGUGGAGCUUCAGGCUAACUUGGAGGAACAUGUGUUAGCCCUGAGCUGAGUCACCAGCCCUGAUAAAGCCCAAGAGCAGCGGUAGCUCACAGCUCCCGGUUUUUAUUUGCACGAGGAGUCAACACUCAUUUAGCCUUGAGUGAUAACUUUCAGUACAGUCACAUUUGGGUUAACUUUCAGUGGCAGUCUUAAUCAGAUCAAAUUCAGAAAAGCUUGAUGUGGUAAAAUCUUUUAAAGCCAGUUAAGUAACGGUUCUGCAUGAUGUUAUCAAGUGGUGGUUAUCAUAUGAACAGAAUGUCAAAGCUGCUAUUUUUUCUUCUGCUUCACAGUUCAUUAUUAUAAAUACUGCAAAGCUGAGAAAAACCUCUGAAAAUCACUGGACUGUUUUUUUUUUUUAAUCACUCCAUGUUUUUGGUAUGUUACUGCAAUUAUUUAAGAAUAUGUUUAUCUUGUAGAAUUACCUAUCUUAGUAGACGCCACUUUAUUUUUUGUCUCAUCACAUACUUAGAUCUCGCUUUAUUUUGAUUAGCUGUAAAUACAUUUCAUUUCUAUUUGGUUGAUGUGGUAUGUCAUAAAAUAUACAUGUAAGGGCAUGUAUGUACAGUGAAGAUGUAUGAAAAGACUUCAAGGAUUGUGUUUGCUUCCUAGGGCAGUAUUUGUUCAUGUAUUUGUUCUUGUAAAUUAUUUAUAAUUGUAACUACUACUUUGAUGUGUUUUUUUCUAGAACAAUAAUAGAUGAUAUUUGUGACUUUUUACCCUGUGCACAGUUGUAACAACUUUGGUACCAUAUUAUAUAAAGCAGCCUUCCCAUUA